AUGAAGCUCACAAUCGCUUCCCUUUCUUUCCUGUCUUUGGCACUCGCCGAACCAACGGUCUACCUCAUCCGCCACGGCGAGAAGCCUUCCAGUGGCAAUGGCCUCAGCACGCAAGGCAUGCAGCGUGCUCAAUGCUUGAGGAAUGUCUUCGGUGCCAAUUCUGGCUACAACAUCAACUACAUUCUCGCCCAGCAGUACAAGUCAGACGGCUCCCGGAAACGUCCUUACGACACUGUCCACCCGCUGGCUCAAGACUUGGGCCUCACGAUCGAUACGUCCUGCGACCGAGAUGAUCCAGGCUGUGUGAAGGAUGCUGUGAAGGGCUUUAAGGGAUCUGGAAACAUCCUCAUCUGCUGGGAGCACGAUGCCCUCCAUGACAUAGUAAAGUCGCUGGGAGAUGAUAACGCCCCAAAAUAUGAUGGGUCCCGGUUUGAUAUAAUCUGGAAAGAUCCCCCAAAAUACCACGACAUCACCGACAUGUAUUCCGAGAAAUGCCAGGGCCUGGACAAUUGA